GUUUUUUGCUAGAAAAAUCAAAUCAAAUUUGACAACUGACAAGCAACUUUAAACCGCAUAAAUGGCGAUUGGUGUUAAGUGCGAGUCAAAAAGAUAAAAAAAGUUUCAUCGAUUUAUUGUAAAGUUCAUUUUAAUAGAGAGCAUUAUAGUUAAUUACAUUGUGAUCAAAAAUGUUUAAAUCAAAAUUAGAAGUAGACAGACACGUAGAUAAUUGUUUGAAGAAAAUAAACAACGAGACUGAGAGAAAUUUAAGAUGUUUCUCCUUUGCAAAACUUUACUUCAACGUUGGAGACUAUGAACAGGCAAGAAGAUAUGUGUCUUCUUAUUUGAGUGUGAAACCACGAUCUGCAGAAGGCUAUCACUUGUUAGGAAAAUGUUUGGAAAAACUGGAGAAGAAAGAGGCUGCCUUAGAGGCCUACCGGAAUAGUUUACAGAUAGACUCUAAACAAAAUAAUUUGGUCAUCAAAGUUUGUGAGUUGCUUUCAUCCGACGACGUCGAUAUGGACCAGUCAGGUGCAAGAUAUUUUUGCGAUUUAGCCCAAACAUUCGACCCCAACAAUCCAGCAGUGUACAGUUUGAAGGAGCGACUCAUAACUAAGGACAGUGACAACCCCGUAGAAGUUUCGCAGCUUCUGUUGAAAGAACUAGAAAGUAGACCUACAGAUAUCAACUUGCGAGUCCGCCUACUGAAACAUUUUCUACAAAACAACAUGAUAAAAGAAGCUUACAAACAUGCUUCUGCCAUCGAAGAGAAAAACCUCUCAAUUUUCCACUAUAACUUGAGUUGGUAUGAAACCUUUGCCGAAGUACUGCUCAGGUUCCAAAGAGAUUUGGCAUUCAGCUCUCAGUUAACUUGGGAGUUUUGGUUUCUUUAUGUGUCAGUAUUGGAUCGACUGGCUGCCUUAAGUUUGGAUGACUAUUCAGACAACGUGAAAACUUGUUCAGAGUACAUAGCGACUGUGUUCAACUUUGAUCAAAUGCUCUGGAAUGCUUCUAAGAACAUAAGCAGUUGCUCUGAUCGUCAAUUGGUAUCGACAUUUCUCGAUCACUACCACGCUCAAUUGUACUUCCACAUUGCAACUCUCGUUUUCAAACAGGCAAAGAAAGACCUGAUCCAUUUCAAAGAAGCAUCUAAUAUAACCCUUCCUGUACUUUUUGCUGCUUAUCACGUUCAACCGCCUGAUUUACAGAGUAUGUGGCUAACACAUUCCUCGGAAAAAACAAGAAAGUUAGUCCAGCACUGGCAUAAGGCAGCAUCCUUUCGCUGUUCCCAAACUGGUCAUAUUCUGCUAGCCUCCUCCAGAGACAGAAAAUCCAUAGUCAUUGAUAAAGCCAACCAAUAUUCCACCGGUAUGUGGCGUGAACAGCUGUUCAAAAAAGUUUUCGUCAAAAGGGAUCAGCAACUCAAGAUGCCUUCGAGUUUUUUCGCUUCGAACACUCAGCCUCUGGAUGUCCUCAUCAAACUACCAGACUCUUCAGAUUUGCUCAAGCACGAUGAAGUGGCACAACUGAUGUAUCCGGACUCCUUACAUCACUACAUUUGGACAUCUUUAAAUAGUAAGCUUUCAGGCGUUGAGCUGAAAUCUUUUGAAGGCUUACAACUCUCUGUUAAAAAUUUAUCAAACUGUGCUGCUGAAGCUUUGAGCUUGUUGGAUGUCCAGGCUUUUAUCUAUUGCGCCACGCUCUGUGUCAGGUCCAAGCUGAACGAAAAUAAGCAGUUGAUUUUCUAUAACCAAGACAGACCAUCCGUUUUACCUGCCUCGAUCACCGAAAAUUUGGGCACCCUUGAUCAGUCCAAGUUCCUAAAGGCAGCCUACAAGAUGUACAAAAACGAGCCAGGCUCUAAUAUGAGCGAUUUGAGGCUGCUCCUCAUCCGAGGUAUCGAAGUUAUAAGGUGUGUCGGCCAUCAUGGUUUGGAUGUAAAGCUUUUGGUAAUGCUGGCCCAGGUUUUCGAGGAGCGUUUGAAAAAUCUCACCAAACAAUCUGAAAUCGAGUUCAAUAGCGCGAGAGCGGAUCUGUACUGGAAGACAGCCUUGCCUAUGUUGGAAAAAAUAAAGAACAAUCAGGCCAUUACCUAUUCCAGCAGUAGGCUCUUCGAGUAUAGAUCCAAAGAGAUGUCCAUUGCCGAGGCGAGUGCUUUUAUCGAGAAAGGAAAACUUUUCACUGCCACGCAGUUGAUGAAGAAGAAGGAGUACGAAAAAGCUCUGCAAAUUUUCGAAAACCUCAAAGAUCCCUACGCCAGCUUCUACCAGUCGCAAAUUUAUAAACACAUGGCGGACCAAAAGACCAAUCAAAAUAAGGAGAAUGUCACAUCGGAGAUGAGGAGUCAAAACAUCAUUCUGCUGUCGAGAGCCAGGGAUUGCCUGUAUCUCACGUUGGACAGGCUCAGAGAACCGUCAGUUGACAAAAACCAUCCUUUGAACGUCCAGCUCGGCAAUGAAAUCGAAAAGAUUGAGAGGCUACUUUCACGUAUCGAUCCUGACUGCGCGAACCGUAACGAAUGUGACGGCAUGUCAGAAGAAAACAACUCGUCAGAUAACAGCAUCGGAGAGCAGUACCUGUCCACGUACACGAAUCACAACAGCUUCCAGAACGGUCACACGUACACGUCCAAGCUGGAAUCGCAUCAUCAUUCGACCCCAAUGCGUUUGGGAAUCUCCCGCCAGGAGGCGCGCCCGAGUCCCGAAAGAUUGGACGCCCAAAUUAGACAGAUGGUCGCCUCGAGAGACGCGGCCCUGAACGGCAUCCUAGAACAGAACAAGAUAAUAGCGGAAUCGCACAAAGGGAUGCUGGAUGAAUUGCGAAGCUUCAAGGAGGCCGUCAAUAACCUCACUUCUAUGGUAGAUGAUUUGAAGACGAUGAAGAGAGGGUUCGAAGAGUUGAAGGACAUCAAGAAAUCUGUCGACGAGCUCAAACAUUCCGUUGAUGAUUUGCAAAAUGUAGUAGAUGUUGUGCAGGAAAUGAAAAAGGAAAUCACCGAAUUGAAGAAAGAUAACACCAAGAACAAUCAGCUCAACGAUGAGGAUUUGUUUGCUCUCGAUCCUGAAUACGGUGUCGAUUUCAACUUAGGCUCCAAUGUUGGUGCAUUUGGGUCGUCUGUACCAAACGUCUACCCCAACUACCCAGGCGCAAGAUUACCUAAUCCUAAUCCAUUGGCAGCAUAUGCACCUACCGCUCUUUAUCCUUCGCUAUACCCCGGAUUAGCUUACGCUUAUGGAGGUCUAGGUUUACCACAGCCUGGAACAUUGCCGUUUGUGUCAGAUCAGCAGCAGAUGUCACAGAUUCCUGGUAUGGCCACACCCGGUGCCGUUGGUUAUCCUCAGAUUUUGGGUCAGUCUCCUUUGAAUCCCACAUUGACAAGUAGUACCGGAUUAGGAUUAAAUAUGGUAACAGGUCAACCACUUUCCCAAGGACACCAACAACAUGCAGCUAGCCAACUAAUCAAGGACAUUUCCAGAGCUACUUCCAGCAUCCCUACUCCCAGUAUAAGUCAGAAUAGCUUCACUACUAUAUCAUCUUCGUCAUCUAUGACUGCAACAAGUAGAGCCCCUCCGGUAAAUGUGGUCAUAACUUCGUCAGAUCCUCUCCCUUUAAUCAAAACGCCUACCUCUCAGCCAGUUUUGUCUGUAACCAUUCCUCCUCAACAUAUCAAAGGCAAUACUGCCAAACCUCCACCUCAGAUCUCACAGGCUUCCAGUAUAUCUUUACCCUCAAUGCUGUCUAGUGCCCCAUCUGUGCCGACCUCGUUCAGCUCUUCUUCUCUGUUUUCUGGCCUCCCUCAAAACAAAACCCCUGCGAAGAAUGUCGGCCUAGGAUUUCAAAUUGGAAAAUCUCCACAAGAAACUUUCAGUUCACCUAAAGUUGAGGACACUUCGAAUUACAGCAAUGUUUCCUCUACUUCCUUAGACGAACACGAUCCUUGUCCAGACUUCAAACCCAUUAUACCCUUACCAGACGAGGUCCCUGUCAAUACAGGAGAAGAAAAUGAGACGGAACUGUUUUGCCAGCGCGCCAAGUUGUUCAGGCACUUUGUCAACAAGGAUACCAAAGAAUGGAAGGAGAGAGGUGUCGGCAAUUUGAAAAUUCUCCAUAAUAAAGAAAGUGGAAAGAUCAGAAUUCUCAUGAGGAGGGACCAGAUCCACAAAAUCUGCGCGAAUCACUUUAUAACAAAGGAAAUGACAUUGACGCCAAUGGCUAAUAACGAGAGGGCUUACGUUUGGGCGGCCCAAGACUUUGCUGACGAGGAGGUUGUAACCGAGACAUUCUGUGUCAGAUUCAAAACUGCAGAGGAAGGGAAAAAGUUUCUCGAGGCUUUCGAGUCCGCUAAAAAACUUCUGGAUAAGGCUCCGGGUACCGGAAAAGAAAUUGCAGGAAAAGCUGAUCAGAAAGCAGAUGACAAAACCAAAGAGAGUUUGAAAACGUCAGAUAAACAGAAAGAUAAUUUGAUAGCAACUGAGAAGCCAAGGGAAGAUACACCAAAAGCCCAAGUCGUGAAAUCCGCCACAAGCCAAUCGGGGGCUAUUCUUGGUGGAUUCGUAUUUACUAGCACACCAACGUUCAAGACAACUGAAACUACAACACCAAAAACAGCAGAGGUCCCGGAAAAGAGUAAGACCAGUCCAUUUGCUGCAUUUACUUUUGGAAAAAGCAACACUCAGACAAGUACUUUGUUCCAAAGUCCUUUGAAAACUAGUGGAGCCCCAGUUUUUUCACCGCUUGUCAUCUCCCAGGAGAAACAAGUAUCGGAAAAUGUCACAGAAGACGAUUCUCAUGCUGAAGAUUUUGUUCCGACGGCAGAAUUCAAACCUGUAGUCGCACUACCAGACUUGGUUGAAGUGAAAACUGGCGAAGAAAACUCUGAGAUACUAUUCGAAUCCAGGGCAAAACUUUUCCGAUACGAUACUAGUGGAGAGACUAAGGAAUGGAAGGAGAGGGGACUUGGAGUUAUAAAGGUGCUCAAAGAUGACGAUUCUAUCCGUUUGCUAAUGCGACGAGAUCAAGUUCACAAAGUUUGCUGUAAUCACAAAAUACUGAAAAAUAUGGUAUUCAAGGUUAACCCCAGUAACUCCAAGGCCAUCGUUUGGCAUGCUAAAGAUUUUUCUGAAGGUGUUUUGACGCCUGAGACUUUUACAGUUAGAUUCAAGACUGAAGAGCUAGCAAACCAAUUCCUGCAAACAGUACAGACUGCUCAGACAUCUCUGGAUGAGAACAACAAGGUUAGUGGCAAGCACCACAAACCGGAAACGAGGCCGAGGACCACCAGCUUCGGCGAUAAAUUCAAACCAGCCAAAGGUAGUUGGGAAUGUAAAAAUUGUUACAUCGUAAAUGAAGGAAAGGAUAGUCAUUGUGUAGCAUGUGAAACUCCUAAAAGUGGAACUGCAGCGAAGAAGGUAGAAGAAUCAGGUCCAGUGUUUUCUUUCGGAGUUGGAGCUAAGACUCAGGAAUCUAAACCGACUGCCGGGUUCCUAUUCGGGCAGAAACCAGCAACGAAUAGCUGGGGAAAUGAUUUCAAGCCAGCGGAGGGUAGUUGGGAGUGCAAGACUUGCUAUAUCAGAAAUCCGGCCGACAAAACAAAAUGCGCCUCCUGUGAUUCUUCCAAAGACGGAAGUACAGACGCAUCUGACAAGUCGACCAUGAAAGGGGUUAACUUGGAUACCCAGGGUCUCAAAUUCAAUUUUGGUCUGCCGACUAAACCCGAAGAGAUAAAGCCAGCUGUUGGUGGUUUCGGAGAUGCUUUCAAACCGAAAGCAGGUUCAUGGGAAUGCAAACAAUGUAUGGUUAGAAAUAAUCCUGAUGUGAAGUACUGCUCAGCAUGUGAUGGUCCCAAGGAUGAUACUGUUCCUAAGAAGGAGACUAAAAAGGGUAUUGAUUUAAGCACCCCUGGUCAGAAGUUUGUUUUUGGAAUGCCCAGCGUUUCCACGCCUCAAGUUACUUUUGGAUCAAGUCUCCCUCAGACUGAGAAAUCCUCAGCUCCUCAAACAACUAUGACUACCACCACCACUACUACAGCUCAAGUAACAUUCGGCUCAAGCACCAUAUUCGGUUCGAACUCUACCAGCAUAUUCAAACCGCCUACAAGUAACACAUUCACCUUCAAGCCAGCCACUGCUCCUCAACUAGAGACAAAAUCGUCGGAAGAUAAAUCAAAGUUCGUCUUCGGUUCUCCGCAAAAGCACGAUUUUGAGUUCAAACCACGAUCCCCCAGAAGAGUCAGUGCUGGUCAAGGAGACGAAGAAUCAGACAGUAGCUAUGUCGAUGAAGAAGAAGACAAUAUCUAUUUCAAACCUGUCAUUCCUCUACCCGAUAAGGUGGAGGUGAAAACUGGAGAGGAAGAAGAGGAGGUCUUGUACUGUCACAGAGCCAAGCUGUUUAGAUUUGUUUCAGGUGAAUGGAAGGAGAGGGGCCUGGGUGAUAUCAAGAUACUGAAGAGGAAAGAUAGUGGAAAGUUGAGAGUCGUCAUGCGCCGAGAGCAAGUACUGAAAAUAUGCCUCAACCACAUACUGACCAAAGACAUAGAAUACUUGCGAAAAGACGAAAAAUCGUGGUUGUUCCACGCCGCCGAUUUCUCAGAAGGAGAGAUAGUCCACGAGCAAUUCUGUGUCAGAUUCAAGAAUCCAGAGAUCGCUCAAGAAUUCAAAAAGGCGGUCAGCGAUGCCCUGGAAGGGGCAGCUGGCGGCGACCAAGUUCAAAAACCUACCGUAGUCGAGCAAGACAGUGACGAUGAUUUAGAAGUUGUAUUCGAAACUCAAGUAACACCUGAAGAAGAAAAAGAAGCACUGAAACUGGGACUACCGCCAAAAUUCUUUUCCUAUAAGCAACUCCCUGACUGCACUUGCGAACAGUGCAAAAAAGAUGAUGAAUAUUUGAGUGAAUUAUUCACAGAUAAGAAGAAGACUUUUUCUUUUGCCACUGCUGGCGUCAUCAAGUCUAGCCCGAUAAAUUUUGGAACUCCUAAAAUGAAUAUGACUCCUUCAUCUGGUGAAUCCAUAUUCAGCACUCCACAGGGAGGAUUAUUCAACUUCACUCCUCAGGCUGCACCAAAAGACAAAGAAGCUUCGAAAGCUGUUGCUGAAACAACACCGGAAAAUCUUGGUAAAUCUGAUACUCUUAGGGAGCUCUUAUUGAAACCUUCGGCUCUGGCUAGCUCUAUCUCGACUCCUAAAGGCUCAUCUGCUACUACAACACCAACGAAACCUGAAGAAAGCACUACCUUCAAGACGUUCUCCUUCUCUCUUGGACAGUCCAAUACUACAGCAGCUUCGCCGAGUAUUUUCGGGCAGUCCGUCACAACUACCUCGAGCACAGGCCUUUUUAGUUCUACUGCUACUAGCGGCUUAUUUAGCAGUACCACUAGUACGAAUAUGUUCAGCACUCCCACGCCUAGCGUUUUCGGAUCUAAGAGUGGCGGCAGUUUGUUUGGGAGCGGCACCAGUACAAGUUCUGUUUUCGGUAGUGGAAGUGCCACACCGGUUUUUGGAAGCGUGGCUAAUAGCAGUACCAGUAUUUUCGGAGGUGUGGCAACAGCUACAACUUCGGCAUCUAUAUUCGGCGGUUCUGGAAGUAUUUUUGGUGGCACAACACCUUCCACCACCACUACAGCUUCUAUUUUUGGAGGUGGUACCUCGAACGUUUUUAGUUUGGCAAAGACACCGGUCUUUGGGACGACUUCAACCGCUACUAAUUUGUUUGGAGGAAGUGCUACUAAUACUGGAUUCAGCUUGUUUGGCACUAAGCAAGAGUCUUCAUCAGAAACAACACCUAACGCAACUACUGUCAAAAGCACUACUGGUUUGAAAGAAGACGACGAAGUGAUACUCAAGUGUAGCUCUGACAUUUCGUUUGCUUCUUUAGCAGCAAACACUUCUGCAGAUUCGAAGCCUGCUUUCAGCAAAACUGGUAAUGGAACUUUUGCAUUUUUGGGAGCAGGAGCACCCGUCUUUGGCUCCGCCGACUCAAAGAGGAAAGCAGAUACAUCUAAGAAUCACUAUGAGCCAAUAAUUCCACUGCCAGAUGACAUAGUUUGGACCACAGGUGAAGAAAAUGAGACUAUAUUGUUCAACGAAAGAGCAAAAUUGUUCAGAUUCGAUGCUAGCACAAAGGAAUGGAAAGAACGGGGUGUAGGGCAAAUGAAAGUGUUGCACCAUCCUGAGAAUAAUACAUACAGGCUGCUAUUACGACGAGAACAAGCUCACAAAGUAGUAUUGAACCAAUUGAUGAUUCCGUCUCUGGAACUACAACCAAUGUUGACUUCGGAAAAAGCUUGGAUGUGGGCGGGAUAUAAUUACACAGAUGAAGGAAGUUCUCUUGAACAAUUAGCAGUACGCUUCAAGAACAUGGAAUUGGCUCAACAGUUUCGCAGUGUGGUGGAAGACGUUAUCAAUAAAUUGACUGAAGCUCAAAAUAACUCCAAGUCUCUGCCAGUGUCUGUACAGAAUUAUGGAAUUGAAGAUGUGAGCAUCGAUGAUCAAAACACGUUGUAUACAGCUGAAGAAGAAUAUGAAGACGAGGAUGAAGAUGAUGGAUCCGUGAUGUUCAUGAAGCGUUGUACUUUGAGCGAAUUAAUACAGCCUGGCUCUUGGAAUCAAGUUACCAUCGGGGAUUUACAGGUGUAUUAUGAUCCACAAUUGUAUGCAGCAAGGAUAUCAAUCAAUGACGACAGUGAUAAUGUUGUGAGCAACACUCUGACAGGAGUCAAUACUAUAAUGGAUAUUGAGAAAAAUGAGUGCACAUCUGGAUUCGAGGUACCGUUUUUGGGAAAUUUGUUUCUAAUCUAUGAACCAGUUAAUUCCAUUUUUGCAGUGCAGUUAAGAAUACAUUUUUUCAGAUCCGUGAUGUUCAUGAAGCGUUGUACUUUGAGCGAAUUAAUACAGCCUGGCUCUUGGAAUGAAGUUACUAUCGGGGAUUUACAGGUGUAUUAUGAUCCAGAAUUGUAUGCAGCAAGGAUAUCAAUCAAUGACGACAGUGGAAAUGUUGUGAGCAACACUCUGAUAGGAGUCAAUACUCUAAUGGAUAUUGAGAAAAAUGAGUGCACGUGGAAGGCUGUAGAGUGGGCUGAAGGUGCGAUAACCUGGAGAACUCUGAAAGCUUCCUUUAGUUCUGUGGCUGCGGCCCAGGAAUUCCACUCCAACUAUCUGGAAGGGUUGAAUUAUGCACAGCAAGUUGGUAUAGUUGACGAGAUACCUUUCGAGCAUGAUGCAGAGACUGAAGAUUAG